CUGCCUGUCAGGACGGCGGGCGCAGUUGUGACGCAGUAGCACAUGAGCCGCCAUUUUAGCUUCUGGCAGCGGUAGUGAAGGGUAGACCGAAGUUCGCCCGGUGAACGGUGGCCGUACAUGGAGGUGUCGUGAAGUGGCCGGUAUUUCACUGGAUGGCGCGGGACGUUGAGUGGCGGUUAUCGGGCAUCUCUUCCGACGUCAUCACCGUGCGCCCCGCGCCCCGGACUGUUUACUAACAUGGACGAGAAGGAGUCUCUGAAGAGACAAAUCCAGCUGUUACAGGGUUUGAUCGACAGUCAUAAAAAUAUCCAUGGCAACGCACCAGCAAAUCCAAGAUGGCAGGCGCCCGUCCCGCCGCCUCAUGGGGUGUUCCGUGGUGUAGGAUACCGCCAGCCUGCAACAAAUCAGAGCAGCUGGAGGAAGAAGUAUUCACUGGUGAACCGGACAUCGCAGGGGGCAGAGGCUUCAGGGGUGACCGCCUACAGCUCAGGUGAGGACGACCCCCACAAAAUCCCGGCAGCCACAGCCCCCUCCAGAAACCUGGAGAAACCAAAGUUACCUGGAAACGCAUCUGAUGCGUCUGCGUUCAAAUGGCGAAGUUCAGCAACUCAAGGGAGCCGGACGCAACUAAAACCCUGGGCGACUGGUCCCGUGCCCUCCACAUCUGGACCAAGGGGGGCACAACCCAUAGAGUCUGGAAGCCGCGCUCCGGCCCACGGCCAUACCAAGGAAACCCUCAGGUCCCAACCUGAGCCGAAAGUGUCAUCGAUGCCAUUGGUUAAACCUACCCCGGUCCAGGUACUGACGACCCCCCAGACUCUCUCCAAGAAACCCCCCCUGUUCCCUGCCAAGACCAAAGGGAACUGUUCUCAACCCAAACCCAACGCAGGUUCUUCUACCCGGACUGCACUGAGCGCACCCCAGAAAUGCAAUCAAGCCGCCACUGCCAAUAAAGUUUACAAAAGUCAGAAGACUAAAUAUAUCUGGGUGGCCAAACCCCCUGUGACUACAAAAGUCAGUCCGAGCGGCAAGAAAAUGUCAGCUGACCAGAAACAAAAGCCCCCGGAGCCCACGGCGAUAGUGAAAGUGAAAAAGAAUGGCGCAAACCCAAAGACAGCAACUCUGAAGAGUCCAUACAAGUGGAAAGCUGUGAACGAUUCCUCUCCAAGCCAAUCGUCUGCCUUACAUAGAGGGGUUCAGGGGGCCGGCCCCAUCACCCCCAAACAUAACGUACCAGCAAUGAUGGCUGCCGCUGCCUCGUACAGAGACCCUGCACAUAAUAGCUACAAGGUGAAGAGCAAAACCAAGAUCAUCAAGAGAAGGAGCAACUCCAGGUCUCCUGUAGAUAAAAAGUCUUCUCCUUUGGCUCCUGUGGUGGUGAGGAGUCACUACUUCCUGCGCAGACGAAGCUCUCCCCGCGUGAAGUCACCACCUACGAUAAAAAGAAGUUCACCCCGGGUGCUGGUUCACUUAUCCAAACACCGUCUACGGAGACUGCCCCCUCCUGGCAAGCAGCAGCAGACUCCCCCCACUCGGGAAGACCCGUCUCUGCCCCUCUGGUGUUCCCCCCCUCACCUUACGCCUCUUAACUCCUUCAGUGCCAGAGCAGCCUCCUCCCCUUUGUCUCUGAAGACCUCCUCCUCCUCCAGCCGGGUGAUAAAUACCCGAUACAGGAUUGUAAAAAGAAGUGGUACUCCGCCCCUGGGGACCUCACCUUUAUCUACACUCAACUCCUCUCUGAACUGGAGGACGCGGCUUCUGCUUUUAAGCCGACUGCGACAAAAACAGAAUCAGCAGCGAUGGAGAAGCCGUGGUCUGUGCGUGAUCGGAGGCGUCAUGUACCGAGUGUCUGCAAAUAAACUCUCCAAAACCUGGAGCCCUGGAAGUGGCGGCAAAACCACCCCGAAGACUGGCAAAGUGGACCUGAGCAGCACCAGUCCGGGCUCCUUAUACCCCAGUCGGUCAGCCACCCCGAGCCGCUAUAUUGCGAGCCGCGCAAUUCAGCGCAGUCUGGCCAUUAUCCGCCAGGCGCAGCACAAGAAGGAGAAGAAGGAAUACUGCAUGUACUAUAACCGAUUCGGGAAAUGUAACCGAGGCGAUAAGUGUCCCUACAUCCAUGACCCAGAGAAGGUGGCGGUGUGCACGCGGUUCCUCAGAGGAACGUGUAAGAAGAUCGACGGGACCUGCCCCUUCUCCCACCAAGUGUCCAAGGACAAGAUGCCAGUGUGCUCCUACUUCCUGAAGGGAUUCUGCCACAACAACGACUGCCCGUACAGCCACGUCUACGUCUCCAGGAAAGCCGAGGUCUGCCAGGACUUCCUCAAAGGAUACUGCCCAAUGGGAGCCAAGUGUAAGAAGAAGCACACCCUGCUGUGUCCGCACUACGCCCGGGAUGGUAAGUGCCCACAGGGUACCAAAUGCAAACUGCAGCACCGCCAGAGAAAGAGGCGGCUCGACGUGACGGCCCCACAGGAUCAGACGCCAACCAGCACCAAGCAGAGGCGGAAGACGCCGGAGCGGUCAGGAAAAUCUCCAGAGACGGUGUAUGAUGGGGACAACCCCACGACCAGCAACGAGGAUCUGCAGGGCAGCAGCGGACUCCAGAGCUGUCCUUCCUUCAUCUCUCUGAACUGCUCCCCUGCCAGUGAGGGAACAUCUGAAAGGGUUAAGUCAUCCGAAAACUCAGGAAAACCUCUUCAGAUCAAGCCGAGGCUGUGACCACGUCCUGAGAGUUCAGCUCUGGAGGCUUCGUAUCUCAGGGUCAUUCUUCCUCUCCAGGUCGUUUCUCUGGGUGUGAUGUUUGGGUGAUGUCAGAGGGGGCGCUAUUGGCUGUGUUCACAUUCAUGGCCUCCACCUACCUGUUUCGUGUUGCCGGAGGCUCAGGUUGAGGAAAGGAACAUUCGCACAUUUCAUAAACUUUACACUUUAUAGAUUUAACUUUUUUGUCAAAGUUCAGAUUAUUUUAUAAGAGAGUUUAAUAGUACUUUGUAUUUAACUUUUUUUUAAUUAUUAUUAUUUUUAACCCUUAUUAGUGAGGUUGACAUCUGCACCUUUGUAGGCGUUUUGAGUUUGGGAGGUCUCGGGGCACUGGGUUAUUUUCCCCUUUUUCACCAUGACCCAACAGUGUUACACUCUGUCUUAUCUGGACUAACAUGAAAGGGGCGAAUGUUGUUCCCCCACUAUGAUGACAGGUUCCCAAGUGUUAGAGACGGUUUUCUAGUGGUCUCCAAUCCAGUUACCGAUCUAUUACAACCACCAUCUUUACCCACCUCGAAUCUGAUUGUCAGCGACCUUCAAAAACUCAUCCAAAAAGUAAAAACUGUUAGAUUGUGUUUUUAGAAUUUUUAGCCUUAAGUUGUGACCUAAUUCGAGUUGUCGACGGGACAUGGCUGAAAGGAUCCUGUGUCUGCGGAAAAGCGCCCAUACGACAAUUAUCUCCAUGGCUUCAGAUGUUGCUAAGCACGUCCCCUUAUUUGCAUAUAUGCUAAUUUCCCGUUCCAGCCAUGUCCUUAUCGUCUACUGAUGAUUCGGAGCAGAUGUUUUGUUUCAUUGCUGGCACUCGCCAUGGUUUCCGUUUAGGGAUAAUUUCUCCCCAUAUGUCUUGACCGCUCUCGGUGGUUCUCUUAUGGGGGAGCUCUGCUCUGAUGGGUUUAUGGUUCUGGCAGAAUCAGAAGACGGACCUGCCAUCCCGGUUAUUUCACUUUUUCAGUAAUUCUCACCUUCCACUGCCAGAUUUGGGGCGGUCAUCUUACCGUAGACGUUACAGCCCUGUUCACACUGGCACUGCAGGACAUAUUGCGGUAUUGUCCGAACCCGCCAAUGUUUUUAUAUGACGCUUUAUAUUUAGAUUCUUACUGGUUACCAGCGCGUUGGUGACCGAUCACAAUAAAGUUCAAAUAUUU